AAGACACGUCUCCCAGUUGCUCCUUCGCAGCUCCUGUUGCUGCCUUUGCUAUAUAAGCCAUUUCUGGGAAGGCAGCAGCAUUGUGAGGCGAGCCCAUGUUGCCGUGGCAACCAACACCGCUGAAGCGAAGGGACAGCUUGGCCUGUGUCACAGAGAGAGAAAGCCUGUUUGGAGGACUUCACAAUCUGUUUCUGAGGCAAGAGACACAUGCCUCCCACACUCUCCCUGAAGGCUGGACCCAAGACCUGUGCCCUUAAUAUUGCCCUUGACAUCUCAGCCUUAUUGGACCCAGGCCACGGAGAAGACUGGGCUUCCUCCAGCAAUGAACAAGGCCACUCUUGGAGACUAGAGUGAACUAGCUGAUUUGAUCCGCCAAGCCAGUUUGGAGCAGCUCAGUCACAGCUAUGGGACCUCCUGCCCACCUGCUGACAGGCCCGGUAGGAGCCGAGAAAUGGCACAAGGACACCCAUGCAACAGUGCAUGAAACCACCCGGCUGACGCAACGCUGUGGCAAGGAUGCACUGGAUCUCUGGCGUUCAGUCCAACCCCCAGGCCAGCCUGAGGAGACAUCAUAUGAGCGCAAGGUUAAGACCGAUUCUUGGAAAUUUAAGUUGGAUGUCCUGUCAACUGGAGAGGUGAGGAGGAAGCCACCAGAAGGGCCAGGGGUGACCCUGUGGAGAAGCAAAGUAAAACCUCCUCCUUGGAUAUGCAAGAUAGCCUUGCCCUGCUGCCGAGACUAUAGCAACACCAAGAACAAUGAGUUUGUGGCCCAGUACAUCAGGGACACACGGCAGGUGGUAAGCCGUCUGCGCCAGGCCUUCAUAGAGAUUAACGAGCAGUUUAAGGCACUGGUGCGCUGGAGACAGCAGCUUAAUGCCACUCUGGAUCAAAUCCGCCAGGGCCUUGUUACCAACAAGCAGAGCCAAGCUAUUCGGGAGCAUCGGCCAGAAACGGAGAAGGUAUCUGACAAGGUGGAUGCAAUAAUGAAAUGGGAAAAGGAGGAGUUCCGGAAACUGAAAGCCAAGCUGGAAGGGAUGAUGGCAAUGUCAGGAGAUCAUCUCAAGGCACUGGGCACAUGUCGACAAACUCUGGACACACUGUGUGGUGAACGCGGUCGUGUCCUGGACUUGGUGCCACAGCCUUUGCGCAUGGUUCUCCUAGGGGCUGGGCGUGAUUCCUGGCUGGGAUUAAGCCGGCCUUCAUCCCCCUGGGUGGAGCGAAAUCAGACACCGAUCCCUGAUCCCAUUGGAGCCUUUACACCAGAGUGUGCAGCAACUCUAGAGGAGGGCCGACGCCUCACCUUUCUUACCAAGGAUGUGGUCCAACAGUUGCAAAAGGCCAUCAAAGAUGCACAGAACACUCGUACUACAGCUCACAACACCAUUGAAAACAGCUUGCAGGGCAAGAGGGAUGAGACUCUCUGUCAUAAGGAACGUCUCGACAUGACUUUGGGAGGAACCCGCAGCACUCUGCAUCGCUGCCAACGUUUUCAGCAUGAGAUGUGUAUUACCCGGGGAAUGGCCUUGGGUCCUGCAAGUAGCAAGUACUUGGAGACACGGGAGAAGCUGACAAGGCCGGUGGUGCAAGUGUACCAAAGACAUGUCGGAACACAGCUACCUGAAGCUGCAAUCCUCAACCAGUCCACUGCUCAGUUAGAUCGCUCUAUAGCAGAUACAGCUGAGAACAUCCAGCAGCUUGAUGCCACCCGGCGUUACUUGCGUGAGUGCAUUCAUCAGAAGCAGACCGGCUACGAUGUGGAUGGCAGCAUUAAACGGCUGCGGCAGCGCCGCAUGCACCCUCGUACCAACAUGAAAGAGGUUCUUGAAUUGGUCUACACCUAAAAAGCAGAGCAAAUGGAUAGAAAGAGCAUACAAGUAAAGAGCUGGAAAUGCUAGAAUGGUUCAGAAUCAUUUCUUCUCACCUGGGAACAGGGGAAAUACAUGACUGGCUGCAAUCACAGAAUGGAAUACCAAAUGUUACAGUCUUUUAACUUGAAGUACACUAGCUUGCCAAGAAACUCAACCAUUAUAUAUACACACACAUUAAAAGAGUAAGUACAUAUUUCUGGCCUUCCUCAAAAAUACAUUUCCAAGAGUUUAAAGGGGAGUUCGGUUUUAUGAAUGGUAAGAAACUUUGGUAGGUUUUUUUUCUAUUUGAGAAUCUAUUCAGUAAAUCCUAAUCUGUCACUAAUAUAAUUUGUGUGUUAA